UCGUCAUGCGGGAAUAUUGUGGUGGUGCUCAGCAGCAGCAGCAGCAGUUUGUUAUGGAAAUGGACAUGGUCGUUUCUAGAUGAAACGAAUCAGUGCGGGAUGAAGGAAACAGCUGGCGGUUAAUUCGCACCAUUCGUUGUGGUCAAGUUCAAAUUAUUAAAAUAUCCUCUACAAACAAAACAAAAGGAGAAACGCGAUGACCUGUGAUAGCAACAGUUAACUAUUGCAAUAACAAAGAAUUUAUUUUGAUUGAUCUGAUUGAUGAUGAGGAACUACAAUUCCACGGGGGGCUCCAGGGAACCCAUCUGGGCAAGGGCCACCCAUGAUCCUGAGGAUCCAAUAAGGAGGUUACACACUGACCGGGUGCAAACUGGAUCCAAUAAUGCGGGUACAGAUGAGGUGUCCUACACACAAAAGGAAAAGAAGGGGCUCAACGUUUUCUCGGCGGCCGUCUUCAUAGCUGGAGAGAUGGCGGGAAGCGGUGUUUUGGCAUUGCCGAAGGCCAUAGUUGACUCAGGUUGGAUAGGUUUAAUUAUCUUAGUUGUUUUCUGUUUUAAUGCGGGUUACGGUGGCACAAGGUUGGGGGCGUGCUGGGAUAUCAUAGAAGAACGAUACCCAGAGCACAGGGGGCGCACCAGGAAUCCUUACACGACGAUAGCCCACAGAGCCGUGGGGAAAUGGGGCAGCGUUCUGGUCUCCGGCUGUAUACAGUUUACGCUGUUCGGUGCUGGAACGGUCUACCUUCUGCUCUCCUCGCAGAUCUUCCAAGAGCUUCUCAUCGAUCACUUUCCUCGCACCAGUUUCUGCGUCUGGUUUUUGCUGAUCGCCGCGGUGCUCACGCCUGCGAUGUGGCUGGGAUCUCCUAAAGAAUUCAGGAUCGUCGGCGUCGGGGCCUUAUUGACGACAGCUGUAGCUUGCGUGUUGUUCUUCACGCAAAUUGUGAUGGACGGGAUGAAUAAGACUGUACCGACGCGCCACGAAGUGCACGGAUUUCAAGAUUUCUUCCUCUCUUUCGGAACGUUGCUUUUUGCUUUCGGAGGAGCUUCCACCUUCCCAACCAUUCAGAACGAUAUGGAGAAUAAGCAGAAGUUUUCGACGAGCGUCACAGCAGCUUUCAUUGUUAUACUAAUCUUAUAUUUACCGGUAACAGCUGGAGGUUAUUUUAUUUACGGCGAAGACGUAACAGCAAACAUAUCGAUGUCGUUGUCGAAAACAUCUCUCGUCACAAUUGCAAACAUUCUCAUGGGAGUUCAUCUGGUUUUAGCUUUCUUGAUUGUCAUUAAUCCGGUGUGUCAGGAAUUGGAAGAAAUCUUCAAAGUGCCCAGACAUUAUCAUUGGAAGAGAAGCAUUCUUCGCACGUGCAUCAUCUUCACCAUGGUCGUAAUCGGCGAAACCAUACCUAGGUUCGGAAAAAUUCUCUCUUUGGUCGGUGGCUCGACGAUCACUCUCCUGACGUUCGUUUUUCCGCCCUAUUUCUACAUGAAGCUCUGCGGACAGAAGAAUCCGCUCUGGCCAGAAAGGCACAUCCCAGGUUACAUAAGAAUUUACCUUUGGGAAUUGAUCGUGAUCGGUCUUGUGGGUGGAACAGCCUCCACGUACAGCGCGAUCAAAUCCAUCUUCGGAUCCGGAAUGACCGUGCCGUGCUAUUGGCCAUCAUCGUAAAUACUGCAAUGUGUUGGGCAGCAACGACAACGAAACGUACGAUACGUACAGCAUUAUAGGUUGUAUGAACAAACCAAAACGACGAUUUGUUACCAUUUUACUUCUGUUUUUAUUUUUAACUUGUGAUAUUUUAACUCGUUUUCUGUUUAGGAAAUAAUUUAAAAUCUGUUAACUUGUUCUUGUAAUUUGCAUUAAUCCAUUUACGUAUUUUAAGAUGCGUUUCAUCCCGUAUAUCAAGAGUUUUACCGUAACUCUUAUUUUUUUAUUAGCAUGUUUGGCAAAUCUAAAUU